GAAGAGCCGGCGCGGCAUCGGCGCAGUCCCGGCUGCGUGCUGAGCGCCCGCUGUCUGCCUUUUAGUCCGUCUCGCUUGAGGGUUGUCUGCAAAGCUUUUAGCAGAGCAAGAGGCAGCUCUCACUUGUGGCAAAUUCAAGCUUCUCGCUAAAAUAGCUGUAAAAUAAGUAGCAAGUGAUAGGACAAGAGGAAUUGGCCUCAAGUUGCGCCAGGGGAGGUUUAGAUUGGAUAUUAGGAAAAAAUUCUUCAGGUAUUGGAACAGGCUGCCCAGGGCAGCGGUGGAGAUGCCAUCCAUGGAGGGGUUUAAAAGGCGCUUAGAUGAGGUUCUUAGGGACAUGGUUUAGUCUUAGAGUUGGACUCAAUGAUCCCGAGGGUCUCUUCCAUUCUACGAUUCUAUGAAAUGAUCUCUGUCCUAUUUGGUGGGUGGACACGCGGCCCUGGCACUGGGUGGCACAGCUACACUGGCCCUGCACGCUCCGUUUAUCACCCCGUUAUCACCUGAGCCCGUUGGAAACGUUUCGGUGAGAUGCUGGUGGUGCAGCUGCGGCUCCGCUCUGCCCCGGCGCCGCCAGCGGCUGCAGGGCAAGGGCAAGGAAAGCCGGACACAUUGGUGUGCAUUGGGUAUAAUGCUGCAUUUGACCCCUGUGCAGGUUUGACUGUGACAUUUGCCUGCUCCAAAUGAGGAUUUUAUUGUGGAAACCAUUGGUGUUUUGGUUGUUUAUUCCCAUUCUGACGAGUGUUCCGGAUGCCUGAGCAUCCUUGUGCACAGCUGGGUGCUUGCAGUCUCUCUUUGGGUUUUGCUCCCAAAGAUGAGAGUGUGCACAGCGGGUCCUGCAUGCACCCCGUGCUGUCUCGCAGCGUGGUCGGUGAGUCGUCCCCACGCAGGGUGGUUGCACAGGGCGAUGGAUGGGGAUGGAUGCGCCCGGAGCGAUGCAGCCAGUGCCUGCGCUCCCCAUGUCCCCCCCAGCCCACCUGGGUCUUGCUCUGCAAAUCCAGCCUGGCCGAGGACAGGAUUAGUGCCAUUGUGUGCGCUCACUGGAGCGUGGCGGAUAAAAUGAAAUUGUGUCUUCCAGACCCCAAUCGGGACUAAUUCGAUGUUGAAAUGAGCUUAAUCCUCAGGGUCCUUCUGACCAGCCCAUCCCUGCUGGGCUGGUGCUGGGCUGAGCAGGGAUUAGCAGCGAGCCCAGGGCUGUGCUGGCCGUGGCCGUGGUGCCAUUGGGCUGAUUCUUGCCCGGAGCUGGGAUGCUGCAGGUGGGCAGUGGCUCUGGUUCUACCCCAGAUACCCCUGCUGGACCCCAAGGCAUCGGAGCCAGCAGCUCCCUAUGGAGCUGCAUAAUUCAGCUGCUUGGCCCUGGAGAGCCAAAAAGCUCUGCCCAGACCUCCCUAAUCCUGUCUGUGGGUUUAUUGCAGGGAUACAAAGCUAGGGAAGGGGCUGGAGCACAAGUGUGAUGGAAGCAGCUGAGGAACCUGGGGGGUUCAGCCUGGAGAACAGGGAGGGUGCUGGUCUGUUCUCCCCAGGAACAAGCGCCAGGAGCAGAGGAAACGGCCUCAAGUUGCGCCAGGGGAGGGUGAGGUUGGAUCUGGGAACAAUUUCUUCCCCAAAGGGCUGUGGGGCAUUGGAACAGGCUGCCCAGGGCAGUGCUGGAGUCACCAGCCCUGGAGGGCUGGACAGACGGACAUGAGGUUCUCAGGACACGGGGCAGUGCCAGUAUCUGGUCACAGCUGCCCCAGGGUGGCUCUGGGUGCACUGGUGUGUUUCUUCUCUCUAGGUUCCAGCCCCUGGAUUCAAGGGAUUUUGCUGGGAUUUCAUUGGGUAUUUUGGUGGUUUUUCUUUGACGCAGGUUUCUGGGCAGCUGUGGUUGGAAGGGAAAACCUGAAGAGGGGAGAAAAACUCUUCCCCAGGGCAGCAAAUGUCAAUGGGCAGGUACAGCCACAGCCCCGCAGUGUGAGCCGAGCUGUGGGCACCCCCAGCCCUGAGCCCCCCCCAGGCAUUUGGGGGGCAGCACCCAUCCCUGGCUGGGGUGUCUCCACCUGCGUGGGGGGCCGUUUUCUCCCUGGGCAGCAUCAUGCCCUGUGUGGGGUUUCCUUGUUCCUGUAACAGUGCGACUUCUCCAUUUUUGGCUCCCAAAGUUGCCAGGACACCCAGCUCUGCUAUGGGACCUGUCACCUCUGCCCUUGGGGGGCACGUUGUGUUUCCACAGCCGGCCAUGCCGGAAACCACGGGCAGGGGUACAAUGGGCAAGACCCCCCGUUCCCAGCACCACAGCCCCCUGUGCUGGCUCCACCGCACCCCAGCACCCACCAGCUCCGAGCAGGGAUGGGGGAUCUGGGGGCUGCUCAAUGGCACCCGCGUGUUCCGGGCACAGGCUGUGCCCCAGUGGGGUGUUAGCGGGACUGGGGGUGCAAGUGAGUUCAUCACAUCUGCCUUGAUGCUCCUGCAUCGGUCCCUGGGGUCCCAUCCCUGGCUGCCGGCCACCCGUGGGGACUCGGGGGGCUCAGCCCCACCAGCCCACCGUGGGCAGGGGCUGUGACUGGCACUGGUGGGGAGCGUGACGGGGGUGCCAGCCCCCCCAUGGCGGGCACCACGCAGGCAGCAGCAGCAGAGGAAGCUGCCAGCAGCCUGGGGCUGGCUGCCCUGCGCAGGCAGCUGACAUUUUGGAAGGAAAUAGCUGCUCUCCACUCCUUCCUGUAGCGCGGAGCCUGCGAAACGGCCGCCCCGGGAGCCCGGCUGUGCCGGCAGAACCUGCCUGGAGCCGCGGCCCCGGGGCCGGGACGCCGGAGGGGACGGUGGGGCAGAGCGGUGCCUGAGCACGGGUGUGAGCCAUGGCGGUGUGGAUCCAGGCGCAGCAGCUCCAGGGAGAAGCCCUGCGGCAGAUGCAGGCGCUCUACGGGCAGCACUUUCCCAUCGAGGUGCGGCACUACCUGUCACAGUGGAUCGAGAGCCAGGCAUGGGAUUCCAUCGACCUGGAGAACCCCCAGGAGAAUGUGAAGGCGACGCAACUGCUGGAGGGGCUGAUCCAGGAGCUGCAGAAGAAGGCGGAUCACCAAGUUGGAGAAGACGGCUUCCUGCUGAAGAUCAAGCUGGGGCACUAUGCCACGCAGCUGCAGAACACGUACGACCGGUGCCCCAUGGAGCUGGUGCGCUGCAUCCGGCACAUCCUCUACCACGAGCAGCGGCUGGUGCGGGAGGCGAAUAAUAGCCCCUCGCCGGCCGGCUCCUUGGUGGACGCCAUGUCCCAGAAGCACCUGCAGAUCAACCAGACCUUCGAGGAGCUGCGGCUCAUCACGCAGGACUCGGAAAACGAGCUCAAGAAGCUGCAGCAGACGCAGGAAUACUUCAUCAUCCAGUACCAGGAGAACAUGCGCCUCCAAGCCCAGUUCUCCCAGCUCUCCCACCUGGGCCCCCAGGAGCGCAUGUCGCGGGAGACGACGCUGCAGCAGAAAAAGGCGUCGCUGGAGGCCUGGCUGCACCGGGAGGCCCAGACACUACAGCAGUACCGUGUGGACCUGGCCGAGAAGCACCAGAAGACGCUGCAGCUGCUGCGCAAGCAGCAAACGACCAUCCUGGACGACGAACUGAUCCAGUGGAAGCGUCGGCAGCAGCUGGCGGGGAACGGGGGCCCCCCCGAGGGCACCCUGGACGUGCUGCAGACCUGGUGCGAGAAGCUGGCGGAGAUCAUCUGGCAGAACCGGCAGCAGAUCCGGCGGGCUGAGCACUUGUGCCAGCAGCUGCCGAUCCCCGGUCCCGUGGAGGAGAUGCUGUCGGAGCUGAACGGCACCAUCACCGACAUCAUCUCCGCCCUGGUGACCAGCACCUUCAUCAUCGAGAAGCAGCCCCCCCAGGUGCUGAAGACACAGACCAAGUUCGCAGCCACCGUGCGGCUCCUGGUGGGGGGGAAGCUGAACGUGCACAUGAACCCCCCCCAGGUGAAGGCCACCAUCAUCAGCGAGCAGCAAGCCAAGGCCCUGCUGAAGAACGAGAGCACCCGCAAUGAGAGCAGCGGGGAGAUCCUCAACAACUGCUGCGUGAUGGAGUAUCACCAGGCCACGGGGACGCUCAGCGCCCACUUCCGCAACAUGUCCCUGAAGCGGAUCAAGCGCUCAGAUCGCCGCGGGGCUGAGUCGGUGACAGAGGAGAAGUUCACCAUCCUCUUCGAGUCACAGUUCAGUGUUGGUGGCAACGAGCUGGUCUUUCAGGUGAAGACACUGUCCCUGCCCGUGGUGGUGAUUGUGCACGGGAGCCAGGACAACAACGCCACGGCCACCGUGCUCUGGGACAACGCCUUUGCCGAGCCCGGCCGCGUCCCCUUCGCUGUCCCCGACAAGGUGCAGUGGCCGCAGCUCUGCGAGGCGCUCAACAUGAAGUUCAAGGCCGAGGUGCAGAGCAGCCGCGGGCUGACCAAGGAGAACUUGGUAUUCCUGGCACAGAAACUCUUCAACAGCACCAGCUCCCAUCUGGAAGACUACAGCAGCACCACGGUGUCCUGGUCCCAGUUCAACCGGGAAAACCUACCCGGGAGGAAUUACACCUUCUGGCAGUGGUUUGACGGGGUGAUGGAGGUGCUGAAGAAGCAUCUGAAGCCGCACUGGAACGACGGGGCCAUCUUGGGCUUCGUCAACAAGCAGCAGGCGCACGACCUGCUCAUCAACAAGCCCGACGGAACCUUCCUGCUGCGGUUCAGCGACUCGGAGAUCGGCGGCAUCACCAUCGCCUGGAAGUUUGACUCCUCCGAGAGGAUGUUCUGGAACCUGAUGCCUUUCACCACCAGGGAUUUCUCCAUCCGCUCCCUCGCUGACCGCCUCGGGGAUCUCAGUUACCUCAUCUACGUGUUCCCCGACCGGCCCAAGGACGAGGUCUUUUCUAAGUACUACACGCCGGUUCUCUGUGAGUCCACGCCAGCUAAAGCCGUGGAUGGGUACGUGAAGCCACAGAUCAAGCAAGUGGUGCCAGAGUUUGUCAACGCAUCAGGUGAUUCAGGCCCCGGAGGGCCCACCUACAUGGACCAGGCUCCCUCACCCGCCGUCUGCUCCCAGCCCCAUUACAACAUGUACACGCAGAACCCCGACACCAUGAUGGACCCCGAGGGUGACUUUGACCUGGAUGACAGCAUCGACGUGGCGAGGCACGUGGAGGAGCUGCUGCGGCGCCCCGUGGACACUCAGUGGAUCCCCCAUGCCCAAUCGUGACGGGUGGGCGCCCAGCCCCCCACCCUCGGCCCCGGCACCGUGGGGUCUGUGCUGUGUUCGUGUCUCUGUGCCGGCGGGGGGGUUGCGGGUGGGCCCCGUCCCGCAGAUUUGCUCUGUGCUGCCCCGAAACGCAGGCUGGCGUCCGGCUCUUUGGUGUUUAUGCCCUUGUAUAAACGGCAGCGGAUUUGUCGCAUGGUUUUCCUGUAUGUUCCUUUUUAAGCGGCCCAGCUUCGGCUUUCCGCUUCUGCAAGCACCGGCCGCUGAGCCGCCCCGCUCCCCACCGAGGGGCUGCUGGGGGUGGGGGCCGGGGGGGAUACCUGGCCUCGCGUUCGCUUUCACAGUCGUCACUAAGAAUGUACGUGUCGCCUUCUUGUUCUACCCUGUGGCUCCAUCCCCAGGGGGUGCGUUGGCCUCACGGGCUCUGGUGUGGGGCAGAAGGGGGGGGUCAGCUGGGGUGGGGUCCCCUCCUGUACCUUGUCUCCUCCUUUGGUCACCCCAACCCCCCCAAAAGGAUGCGGGAGCCCCUUCGCCCCCCGGCCUCGCCAUCCCCAUCUGGAGCCGGUGCAGCGUGGGGCAGGUGUGAGGGCACCCAGCCAGGGCUGUGGGGCAGUGUGGGCAGUUGGGGGGAGCGGAGCCCUCUGUGUCCCCCCCCGUGUCCCCCCCCUGCCUCUCUCCUCGCCUUGUCCGAGAAGCUCUGGGGUCCUGGCCAUGUUAUUUUUCUACCACAGAGUAAAUAAAGCACGGAAUAUUUUUGUAACACAAAA